AUGUCUCACUCCAACCAACAACUCGAUGCCCCCACCCAGUCCCUUCAUGCCAUCAAUUUUACCUUGCUUGAAUUCUGGCAACACGCUCCAGAACUUCACUUCAUCCGCAUAAAAUCAGCCUUUUAUUCUGCCAACGUUGCCAAGGAGCUGACGAAAUACCACAAAUUUGUGGAGGUCCUCCCCGCUAGUGUUAUCGCUCAAGUUCAGUCCUCGCUAGCUAAUCCUCCUGCAGAUGCUCCCUAUACCACGUUAAAGGCAGACAUUCUUCGACUUAAUUCUGUCUCCGACCGACAGCGGUAUCACCAGUUACUUAAAGAGGAGUCACUGGGUGACCGGAAGCCCUCAGAACUUCUACGUCGAAUGCGUUCUCUCCUUGGAGACAUGCAAGUUGACGAUAAAUUUGUCAAGGAGAUGUUCCUAGAGCGUCAACCCGCAGAUGUUCAAACGAUCCUGGCGUCCGGCUCUCAAGAUCGUACGGUCUCACAGCUGGCUGAGAUGGCGGAUCGGAUGAUAGAGGUGCAGCGGUUCCAGUCACCUUUCGUUGCCCAGAUCUCCUCGUCUUCAUCGUCAGUGAAUGAAAAUUAAGUUAAACAGGUGUCGGCCAUGGCGGAUGAGAUGGCCUCCCUUAAAAUACAGCUCUCCCGCCUAACUUCCAGUCGCUCACGCAGCCGUCGUCGUUUUCGUUUACGACCUCGGACUGCCGAUACUUUUUGGUAUCACACUAAUUUCGGCGUAAAGGCCCGUCGCUGUUCCUCACCUUGCUCUUUUAAGCCGAAACAGGGAAACCAGUCAGCCAGAGAAUAGAUGCGACCGUUUUCUCUGGCUCUUCCGGCUCUGGUCGCACCUUCUAUGUUUGCUACAUUGCGACUCGCAGACGUUUCCUGGUGGACACUGGUGCCCAAAUCAGCGUUGUUCCCUCAACUGCAGCUGAUCGUCGUGUCCCUAUCCCUGGGCUUCACCUCCAAGCCGCCAACUGUUCCCCCAUUCCCACUUUUGGCCGUCUGUCCCUCACCUUGAACAUUGGCCUUCAUCGGUCAUUCACCUGGAUCUUUGUGAUUGCUGAUGUCCCUCAUGCAAUCCUCGGCUCGGACUUUCUUGCCGAGUUCGAUCUCCUUGUUGACUGCCGACGUGCCCGUCUCCUCGACCGCACAACCGGUCUGUUUGUUCAUGGACUAACUCCCUUUACUGCCCCCACCAACUUAUCUGUCUUGGAUACGGUUAUUGCUAGCCCCUUUCGGCAACUGCUUCUUAGUCAUCGCAACAUAAUUAACCCCUAGUUUCGCAGUGAUGAGGUCCGACAUGAUGUUGUGCACCAUAUCCGUACCUCAGGUCCUCCUGUGUUUGCUCGACCGAGACGACUAGCAGCGGAGCGUUUCCAGGCCGCAAAGGCGGAAUUUGAGCACAUGCUGCAACUAGGAAUAAUUCGACCGUCCGAGAGCCCUUGGGCGUCCCCACUGCACAUGGUGCCCAAGGCAACAUCAGGCGACUGGCGACCCUGUGGCGACUAUCGUGCCCUCAACAGCGCUACCAUUCCUGAUCGGUACCCCGCACCUCAUCCUCAGGACUUUGCUGGAGCCCUUUUCGGCAAAGCGGUUUUCUCGAAGAUUGAUCUGGUGCGCGCUUUUCAUCAGAUUCCAGUCGCCCCUGAGGACAUCCCAAAUACCGCCGUCACCACAUCCUUCGGUCUCUUCGUGUUCGUCCGCACGCCGUUUAGUCUUCGUAAUGCCGCCCAAACGUUCCAGAGGUUCAUCGACCAUGUCUUACGUGGCCUACCCUUUGUGUACGCCUACAUUGAUGACCUCUUGGUUGCCAGCCGGAAUGAAGAAGAACACAAAGAGCAUCUUGCCUUGGUGUUUGACCGCCUUGACAAGUGUGGCGUUGUCAUCAACCCCUUCAAGUGCGUGUUGGGUGUGCUUUCACUCGAGUUCCUCGGCCAUCAGGUUGACUCUGGAGGUUUGCGUCCCCUCCUCUCCAAGGUUGAAGCAGUUCGUAAUUUUCCUCCUCCAACUUCCAAGCGUCAGUUACAGCGAAUCCUCGGCAUGAUCAAUUUUUACCGCCGGUUCCUACCGAACUGUGCUGACCUCAUGCUGUCGCUCACCAACAUGCUUUCUGGUCCCAAAGGUCCCCUCGAGCUGAGAGUUGAAGCACUGACUGCUUUUGAGAGAAUCAAGAAUUCCCUUGCCGAUGCCACCUCACUCACUCAUCCCGCUCCCGAAGCUCAGCUGUCUCUGAUGGUAGAUGCUUCGACCGUAGCCGUAGGUGCGGUCCUUCAACAACACCUUGCUGGUUCGACUCAGUCACUUGCCUUUUUCUCCAAAAAGCUCUUACCAGCCGAGACACGCUACAGUACCUUUGGCCGUGAACUACUUGCCAUUUACCUGGCUGUGAGGCAUUUCCGGCAUUUCCUUGAAGGUCGUGACUUCAUUGUUUUCACUGACCACAAACCGUUGACAUUUGCACUUCGGUCCCACUCCGAAAAGUAA